AUGAGGUUGGGCAAAUUAGCAAAGAGAAAUAAGCUAGUUUCUAGUUUCUUGAAAGCAUAUUUGCAUGGGAAACCUCACUUUGUGGAAAUGCAAAAGCCAAUUUCAGUUUUCGCUGCAAAAGUUCGCAGAAAAUUAAUUUCAUCAACCUUUUCAAAAAUGCUUGAAAAUGAUUUCACUUGCCGAAUGUUUAUGCAUGUCUCGGGAUAUAAAUACCUUCGAUCAUUUGCCCCAAGGUUAUGUAACUCAGAAACAAAUGUAUCAAACUUCACAGUGCUGGAAGGUUCGUCAACUGUCUUAAUUUGUCCCAUACAUGGAGCACCAACACCGGUUUUUAAAUGGUAUAGAGAAACUGAAGAAAACAAAUGGGCUCCUAUUCAUCAGUUGUACCAAAAUAAUAAGUUUAUUAAUGAUUCAUCAAUAACACAAAGUCAUGAUGCUAGAAAAUACAGAAAGAGUAAUGAUUUGGCAGCAAAAGAUAUGUUUGUAAUGAUGAACAAACAAAGACAACUGAAUCAAGUGUCUGAUUUAUGUGUUCAUUUUGGUCAGAAUGAACUUAAAAUAGAUCAUAUCAACUACGAAUCAACUGGUCAGUAUAAAUGUGAAGCGACAAAUUAUUUGGGAAAUGAAACAGCCUUUAUUCAUGUCAAUGUAUAUGCUCGCACAACGCCAGUCCAUCAUCUGCCAAGUUCAAUAACUGUCUUAGCUAAUCAAAGCUUAUCUAUAACAUGCUCUUUUUAUGUUGACCAGCAUGCUGUAGCUGAGAUCAAUUGGUUUCAAGGAAGAAAAGAAUCUAAUAUACGCGUUUCGACAAAUGAAAUAAAUAGUGAUGAGAGGUUGUACAACAAGAAAACUAGGCGGAAUGCAAGUUCUAAUCUUAAUAAUGGGGCAUCGAUAGAUCCAGUCAUCACUUAUUUUACCCAUCAAGUUCCAAAUAUUAAUCAGAGAUUUAAUAAUUUGAAGGAAUAUGGAUCGAUUCUACACGUUAGUAGUGUUCAUUCAUCACAUCAAGGGUUUUACGCGUGUGAAAUAAUUUCACCGGGUGGUAAUUAUACACUGAAAACAGAAUUAAAAGUUGUUUCACUUCCAAUGAUGCCUGUCGAUCUGUCUGUCUCCAGUGAAUUUCCCCAUGAAGAAUAUGGUCAUCAUAACAGUAGUUCAGUGCAGUUAUCUUGGAUACAACCACAACCAACAUAUCAGCUGAAGAUUACACAUUAUGCUAUAUAUAUCCAUAAACUACACAGUCAAUUUAGUUCAGCGAAGAAAAAGUGUGAAAGGAUUGAGGACAAUGAAUGGCAGCUGUUCAGUGUUAUAGCAGUAAAUCAGACUGUUAAAAAUUUAACCACCCAGCGCUAUAUGUUCAUUAUUAAAAGUGAAUCAAUAACUUUUUUUACUGGUUCAUACUGUUUCAGUUUAUCUGCAAUCAAUUUCCUUGGAUGGAGUAAAAAAUCUUAUCCUGUUUUCUAUUCAGUGUCUAACACGCCUAAAGUAUCAUUAGCUUCUAUCAAGGAAUAUCAAUUAUACCAUUGGAUUGAGAACACCGAUUCAGUGGCGAUGAAAAAGAUAUCCAAUGUAAAACAUUUUGUCAACCAAGAUGAACUUGUUGGUUUGAGAUCAAUGACUCAAUAUAACCUUAAGAUUGCAGCUUGCAACGAAUUUGGAUGUGGAAAAUAUUCCGAAGUUCUUCGUGUUCAAACAAAACAACAACCACUAACAAAAAUACCGUCGCAUUUAUCGGUUAUUGUUCACCAAACAAACGAAGUUGAGAUUUCUUUCCCUAGUGAUUACUUAAAUGAAGAUGAAUAUUUCAUAGAGGGUGUUGAAGGUUUUCUACUUCUUCACUUGUCAUGUAUUUGUGUAGCAUUUGAUGUCUUGAGAAUUGAUUUCCUCUCUGUUGAUUAA